AUGGACCACAACGAGAAGCCGACGGCGACGUCCACCGGGGUCCACCCCGUCUCCGACAACGACGAGCGCCGCGCCUCGGUGCAGGAGCUCAAGGAGAAGGAUGUCUACCACUCGGACCUGUUGGUCGACCAGGAGCUCAUGAACAACGCCUUCGACGCCGAGAACCGCGAGCACGAGCAGGGCACCUGGGCGGCGGUCAAGUCGCAUCCAAUGGCAUGUUUCUGGGCCUUCAUCUUCUGCUUCACGAUUGUCAUGGAGUCUUUCGACAUGUUCCUCAACGGCAACUUCGUCGCUCUGCCCGCUUUCGCCAACAAAUACGGUGUCAUGUCCGAGGACGGCAAGAUGGCUAUCCCCACCAAGUGGCAGAGUGCGCUGUUCCAGUCUGGACAGUGCGGUGCUUUCAUUGGUGUCUUGAUUGCCGGCCCUAUCACCAACCGACUCGGGUACCGCUGGACUACCAUCAUUGGACUGAUGCUGAUGAACGCUACGAUCUUCAUCUCGUUCUUUGCCGACUCUCUCACUGUCCUCGUCAUCGGUCAAGCCUUCGAGGGUGUCCCAUGGGGCCUCUUCAUCGCCAACUCGCCCGCCUAUGCCAGUGAGAUUGUUCCAAUCUCCCUCCGAGGUGCCUGCACGGCCACGUUGCAGAUGUCGUGGUCCAUCGGCAGUAUCAUUGUCGCUGGAGUUACCUACGCCACCAACCAGUGGACCACUCAGUGGGCUUGGCGUGUGCCAUUGGCCCUGCAGUGGAUCUUCCCAACCCCCCUCCUCAUCCUCAUCUUCUUCGCUCCAGAGAGCCCGUGGUGGCUCGUCCGCAAGGGCCGCAAGCAAGAAGCCCUUCGCUCCCUUGAACGCCUUGGCCGCAAGGGCAUGACCGAUUCCGUGGAGAAGCUGGCAAUGAUUGAGCGCACCGUCGAGAUUGAAGCUAAGAUUGGUGGCAACCCAUCUCUUCUGGACUUGGUCAAGGGCACUGAUCUUCGCCGGACUGCCAUCACCUGCUUGACCUAUGCUUCGCAGAACUUUGCCGGCAAUCUCAUUGCCAACCAGGCUACUUUCUUCUUCGAGCAGGCCGGCAUGUCCACCGACUUCUCCUUCCAACUCAACCUCAUCACCACCUGCCUCCAAUUCGCCGCCAACAUCGGCUCCUGGUUCCUCCUCUCCUGGUUCGGCCGCCGCACCAUCUACCUCUGGGGCACCUUCACCAACGCCGUCUUCCUCUUCAUCCUCGGAAUCUGCGCCUCCAUCACCCAAUCCCACUCCACAAACUACGCCCAGGCCUGCUUCGGCGUCAUUAUCUCCGUCGUCUACGCCGGCUCCCUCGGCCCCGCCACCUACACCAUCAUCGCCGAGACCUCCUCCGUACGUCUCCGCGCCCUGAGCACCGGCGUCGGCCGCGCCGCUUACUACAUCGCCGAGAUCCCCAUGAUCUACCUCGCCUCUCGUCUGCUCAACCCCACAGGCUGGAACCUGGCAGGCAAGUGCGGAUACGUCUGGGGUGGUACUGCAGUGGUGUGCUGGGUCCUUGCGUACUUCGGUCUGCCUGAGCUCAAGGGCCGCUCGUACCGCGAGAUCGACAUUCUGUUCAACCGCAAGGUUUCCGCGAGGAAGUUCAAGCGCACGCAGAUUGAUGUCAAGGAUAACGACUAA